GCGGAUCUUAUCCUAGUUUGUUAUAUAACUUGAACUAUAUCUUUUGACUUUGAAAAAAUGGUAAGAGGAUUUCUAGAAUUCGACUUUUUAAUUCUGCUGAUGAUAAUGACAGCUAACAUGUUAUCUCCAGAUCAGUAUCAAUACAAAGACAAUAGUCUGUCUCCUACAAAUCAAUACGUUAAUAUGAUGUCUACUGUACGUAACGUAAACAUGGUACUAUGCCACUAGGUUGGUAUACAAAAACUACUAAAAAGAAAUACUAUAAAAAGAUGUAGAAGUUCCUUUGCUGAUGGAAUUAUAGUUACGAACACUCUCUAGUACACUGUACAAUGUACACUGGUAUCUUUCUGACGUACUAUGAUUUUGUCAAAGUGGUUGUAUUUUUGGUUUUGUCUGCGUAACCAAGCAAUUGUCGUCCACCAAUUAAAAUAGAACCGGCCAACCUGCUCAGAAUUUUAAGAAGCCUUUCAUUUUUUGUUGACUUGCUUGUAACGCUAUAAACUCUGCAUCGUUUCUAAUUAAGAAGCGAGACACAGUCAGUCACUAAGCCUCUUGAUAGUGUUUCGGGUUUUGGAGGCGCCAUGGAGACUCCACAUGCGAAGGAGCUGCUGAAGAAGAUGCAAAAGCUAGAGGAAAGUCAGGAACAUCUUAAGCAAGAGAUGUCAAGACUCAAGGUAUCCACAGAGCUUAAACAGCGAUCACCUUCCGCGUCGGCGAGGAGAAACAUAGGAGCUCCAUCGUGGAGGGAGAGCAGUGCCACCUCGUUUCGCCACGCUUCACCGUUGCAUGAUGCUAUAAAUUUGAAAGUUGGAGUCUGUGGAGGAGCGGGACCAUCGGCCCUGAAGUUCACAAACAAACAAUACUUGAAUAUACUUCAGUCGAUAUCACAAUCUGUCCAUGUCUUGGAUCUAAAACUGCGAAUCAUCUUUUGGAAUGCAAUGUCGGAAAAGCAAUUUGGUUACACCGCUAAAGAAGUAGUUGGUCAAGACCCAAUUAAUGUAAUGGUAGAAGAUCGAGAUGCUGCCUUUGCCAUGAAUGUUGCUCAACGUUGUGUCAGAGGAGAGAGCUGGACCGGUGAGUUUCCUGUCAAGAGCAAAUCAGGGAAGAUAUUUUCAGCUGUGACUACGUGUUCCCCGUUCUAUGAUGAUGACGGUUCAUUGGUUGGGAUCAUUUCCAUCACAAGUGACAUAGCACCGUAUCUGCACUCAAGAAUCUCUUUGUCUAAAUCAAAACAAGGUGAAACGAUCUCUAGCCCUGCAAGGAAUAGUUUUGCCUCCAAACUUGGCAUUAACUCUCAUCAGCCUAUACAAGCUGCUCUGGCAUCAAAAAUAUCAGAUUUGGCAUCCAAGGUGAGUAACAAGGUCAGGUCGAAAAUGCGAGGAGGUGAGAGUAGUGCCACACUCUCUGAGGGUGGCACUUGGGAUAGUCAUCAUCCAGAUCAUAAUGUCUUCGGUGUUACUCUCUCUGACCACAGGGACGAUGCAGCACCAAGUGGUGCUAGCUCACCUAGAGGGGAUUUUAUCCAGUCUCCUUUUGGUGUAUUCACGUGUAAAGAUUGUACUGAUGGAAAGACUGCAAUCCAUAAGAUUCGCCCCUCAAAAUCUGAAGAAUGUUUGGUAAAUAAAGGUUUUUCAUGGCCAUGGAAAGGUAAUGAGCAGGAAGGUUCAAAAGGAAGGCCAGCUCAUUAUGUAAGGUCUUGGGUACAUAAUGAUCAAGAGAAAGAUAAGUCUCACCAGACUAAUCCCUUUUCUGGUGCUACAUCUAAAAGUAAUAAGCCUACCAUUGACGAGAGUGGUAGUUUUUGGUCUUCCUCUAUGAAUGCAUACAGCACAAGCAGCGAUAUUAGUUGCGGAAGUACUAGUAGCAGUGUGAGGAGCAAAGUUAAUAGUGAUAGUGAUUGCUUGGAAUAUGAAAUUUUAUGGGAUGAUUUGAAAAUUAAAGAACAAAUUGGAAAAGGUUCAUGUGGAACUGUUUAUCAUGGUCUCUGGUUUGGAUCUGAUGUAGCUGUAAAAAUGUUCUCCAAACAAGAAUAUUCAGAAGAGGUCAUGCAAUCUUUUAGGCAAGCGGUAUCGUUGAUGAAAAGACUUAGACAUCCUAAUGUCCUGCUGUUUAUGGGAGCUGUGACUUCACCUCAGCGUCUCUGUAUAGUGUCUGAGUUCCUUCCACGUGGAAGUCUCUUUCGUCUACUACAGAGGGGCACAUCCCAACUGGAUUGGAGGCGGCGUAUUCGUAUGGCAUUGGACAUUGCUUGCGGUAUGAAUUAUCUUCACAGUUGUAGUCCACCUAUCAUCCAUCGUGAUCUGAAGUCGUCAAAUCUUCUGGUAGAUAGGAACUGCACCGUUAAGGUAGCUGACUUUGGUCUUUCACGUAUCAAGCAUGAGACAUACCUAGCCACCAAGUCCGGAAGAGGAACGCCUCAAUGGAUGGCACCAGAAGUUCUUCGAAAUGAGUCUGCUAAUGAGAAGUCUGAUAUCUACAGCUUUGGGGUAGUACUCUGGGAGCUAGCCACUGGGAAGAUCCCAUGGGAAACUCUCAACUCGAUGCAGGUGAUUGGAGCUGUGGGGUUCAUGAACCAGAGGCUGGAAAUUCCAAAGGACAUUGAUCCUCUUUGGAUCUCAUUAAUGGAGAGCUGUUGGCACAGACCACGGCCUAUAGGAACCGAUACAACGCUGAGACCUACAUUCCAAGUACUGAUGGAGAGACUAAGAGAUCUGCAAAGGAAGUAUACAAUACAGUUCCAAGCUACUUGUGCCGUCUUUACCUGACAACGAUAUAGUUGC